AUGGGAAAGAAGCGGCGCGGUCACCCCGACAUCGAGGAGGUCCUGCACCGUCCUUGGUGCUACUACUGCGAGCGUGAUUUUGAAGAUUUGAAACUUCUCAUCUCUCAUCAAAAGGCUAAGCACUUUAAAUGCGACCGCUGUGGUCGUCGUCUCAACACCGCAGGAGGUCUCUCCGUGCACAUGAACCAGGUCCACAAGGAAAACCUCACGCAGGUCGAAAACGCGCUUCCCAACAGACAAGGUCUCGAGGUGGAGAUUUUUGGCAUGGAGGGUAUCCCCCAGGAAAUGCUCGACCAGCACCGCAACCGCAUCCUCCAGAACUUCCAGCAGGCGCAGAAGGACCGACAGAUCGCGACCGGAAACCCUUUGCCUGGUCAGGGCCACCAGCAGAAGAAGAUCAAGACGGAGACGCCGGAUGAUUUGAAGAAGAGGUUGGCCGAGUUUAGACAGAAGAAGAAGGAGAUUGCUGCCAAUGGCGGCGUGGAUCCUGAUGCUGCUCCUGAAGCUGUAGAGCCUCAAGCUGCUUUCAAUGCUCCUCCUACGUAUGCUUCACAAAACCCCUACGAACAACCACCCUUUCCCCAAGCUCCCGCCGCCGUACCUCCCUACACCUUUGCAGCCAACAACCUCCCCGCGCGUCCGUCAUCUGGCGCCGCGCUUCCCACUGCGACAGGUCUUCCUCAACGUCCCACACAAAGCGGCGCAUGGAACGGCGCACCAGCGGCAGGCGACGACAUCGAUAACCUGAUCCGCAUGGCGGAGGCGGGCAUCAAGCCAGCAGCGCCAGCGGAGGAGGAGGGCGAGAAGAAGAAGAAGGAGAAGAAGGUGAGGAUGUUUUACGACGAUGCGGAGGUUAGUCCCGAGGAGAGAAUGGCGGCGCUGCCGAGGUAUGCGUUUGUGCCUGAAGUUGGGGCGUAG